CUAUGAACUAUAUGUAUUAUUAUAAUAUGUGGGACAUGAAGGUUUUGUGCUACAAACCAAACCCCUUUCUUCUUACGAUCAUCAGGUAUGAUCGUCGAUGGAAUGGGAAGAAGACGCACAGGAGCCUUUCCCCUCUGGCUGCUGCUUCUGCUGCUACUACCCUUUAUAGCAGUGAGGCGAGGGAUUCCCAUUUUUACCAGGAGGUUCUUAAAGCCGCCAGGGAAAAGUUCACCCAGGAAAUAUCUUUUCAGUCCAUGGACAAAGACGUUACUCUUGCUAAGGCUUUGCUAUAUGUUGCAGCUGAAGAUGAAGCCUUUAUGGCUUUCAAUCAAGACAUGGAUGCUCUCUCCCUAAUGAAUGAAAGGAGAAAUUCUUCAGUCUCUAUUCAGGCAAAAGGGUGGGAUUCCUUGGAAGAUAUUCCAUUGGCUGGAAAGAGCAUAUCUGAGUGGUUGAGUGAGUUGGAUGCUAUUGCCAAAGAAGUGGAAGCAGAGUUGGUUUCAAGAGACAUAGGUUGCCAUUUGGUGGAAGUGUUGGAGGCUGUAAAUUUAGUUCUUUUUGAAUCACGUGGUUUCAAAAGGCUUCCCUUACUCCUAGACUCAAAGUUUUCAUACUUGCACAUGGUGCUAAGCUCUGGAUGUGGCAGUGCAAUUUUGCUUAGCAUCAUUUAUAUUGAAGUUUGUCAAAGACUUGGUAUAAACAUUGUUGGUUCACGAGUUGGAGAGGAAUUUUUGAUUUGGCCUCAAACAGGGAACCCUGAGGAGCUCUUCAAGGUCUCAUCAGGGCACAGCUUGUUUGCCAUUGUUAAUGGAAGAUGUGUGGAGGAUCCUAGAUCAAAGGCAUCUGACUUGAACAGCAGUUCACUUUUAGGACUAGAUGUUGCAACCAACAGAGACAUCAUUGGGAUUUCUUUGGCUAAUUUAAUGAGGCUUCACUGGAAGCGUUCUUCAAGGAUGAACCAUGGAUUGAUGCUGACGUCUCCACUUAGACCUGUUAAUGGCAAAAAUGGAAAUUCAGGCAAAAUUGAUGGUUCAAAGGUUCCUUUGUUGCGGCCUCAAGAUUUGAGGUUGGCUAUCAUGGCUUCGGAAAGAUUGUUGAUUUUGCAGCCACAUAAUUGGGCUCUACGGAGAGACCAUGGCAUGCUUUUAUACUAUAACAGGAAGUAUGGAGAAGCAGUCCAAGAACUUAGCAUCUGCAUGGCCUUUGCACCUGUAGAGGAAGCUGAAGUUCUGGAGCCAUUUGUGGAGAAAUUGCAUUUAUUGCGGCUCUGAGUCAUCAUCAUAAUGGGAAGGAAGGAAGCCCUUGGA